AUGAGUAAAGCAGGUAGGAUGGAUAAUGCAAAUGGUGAAGAGUCUGAGGUCAGCGAGUCAGAGAUUGAUGACUAUUCUGAGAAACCAUACCUGCGGUUGCAGAACGGUGAGCUCAAGGUUAAGGUGAACGGAAUGCUGAGAUGCCCGUUUUGUGCAGGCAAGAAAAAGCAAGAUUACAAGUACAAGGAGUUGAUUGCACAUGCUUCUGGGGUUUCCAAAGGAUCUUCCAACAGAAAUGCUAAACAGAAGGCUAAUCAUCUCGCCUUGGCAAUGUUUUUAGAGAAGGAGCUUGCUGGUGAUGCAGAACCUGUUCCACGCCCUCCGGUUCCUCAGUCUAACGGGUCGGAAGUAAAACCGGGUGACAUCUAUGUCUGGCCAUGGAUGGGGGUUGUCAUUAAACCCUUGGAAGAAACCGAUGACAAGGAAUUUCUACUUGAUUCGGCUAAUUGGUUGAAGAGGCUUUCUAGAUUCAAUCCUGUUGAGGUGAAUGCCUUUUGGGUCGAACAAGAUUCGGUUGUUGGGGUUAUUGCUAAAUUUAAAAACGACUGGAGUGGGUUUGGGAGUGCAACAGAGCUCGAGAAGGAAUUUGAGAACCAAGGUUGCAGCAAAAAGGAGUGGAUGGAGAAGAGAGGAGAUUUCGAGUCCAAGGCCUAUGGCUGGAUUGCACGUGCAGAAGACUAUAACUCUGAAGGGCCAAUAGGUGAGUACCUCUCCAAGGUGGGAAUGCUAAAAACGGUUUCAGAUAUUUCUCAAGAAACAGCGCAGGAUAGAAACAAUGUUCUGGAAGAACUUUCAAAUAUAAUUGCUAUCACAAAUGAAGAUCUGAACGAGGUUCAGUACAGUUACAACAAGACCGCAAUGUCGCUGCAGAGGGUCUUAGACGAGAAAAAAACCUUGCACGAAGCUUAUGCAGAAGAAACAAAGAAGAUGCAGCAGAUGUCACUUCUCAACAUUCACAGGAUCCUAGGAGAAAAAGAGAAGCUAAGCAAUGAACUGGAGAAAAAGAUGAAGGCAUUGCAGGAGCGGUCCAAAAGUUUGGACAAAAAAGAAGCAAUUACUGAACUGGAGAGACAAAAGCUUGAUGAAGACAAGAAAAAGAGUGAUGCUAUGAACCUUUCCCUCCAGUUAGCCACCCGUGAGCAGGAAAAGGCUGACGAGAGCGUUUUAAGACUUGUAGAAGAGCAUAAGAGGCAAAAAGAAGAGGCUUUGGACAAGAUCCUUCAGCUUGAGAAGCAGCUAGACAUCAAACAGACACUGGAAAUGGAGAUUCAAGAGCUGAAAGGCAAAUUACAAGUGAUGAAGCAUUUGGGGGAUGACGAUGAUGAGGCGGUCAAGCAGAAAAUGAAGGAGAUGAAUGUUGAACUGGAGGACAAAAAGACUGAGUUAGAAGACCUAGAGCAGAUGAACUCAGACCUGAUGACAAAAGAACGUCAAAGCAAUGAUGAAAUACAAGCAGCGCGGAAAAAAUUAAUUGCGGGUUUGACAGGAUUGUUGGGUGCCCAAACUGAUAUAGGGAUAAAAAGGAUGGGAGAGCUUGAUGAGAAACCCUUCCUGAAUGUUUGCAAGCGAAGAUAUUCUGCAGAUGAAGCUACGGUUGAAGGUGCCACCCUUUGCUCUACAUGGCAGGAAAAAGUCAAUGAUUCAUCAUGGCAUCCUUUCAAACAUCAAGGAACCGGGAUCAAAGCAAAGGAAGUGGUAGACGAAGAGGAUCAGCAGCUGAAGAAGCUUAAAGGAGAGUGGGGAGAAGAGGUGCAUAACGCAGUUAAAACAGCUCUGGAGGAGUGGUCGGUACACCACCCCAGAACUUUGGAAUUUCAAAGCAGGAAGGCGAGCAACAUUAAAGGAAGUGAUUGCUUUCAUUUCGAACGACAUCAAAACUGCGAAACGCAAAAGAACCUGAAGCCUGGAGGGAUGGAGCCAUGGAGUAAGAAGAAGAAGGAAUGGUUAAGCUUUAUGUCUAUUAAGUAA